UGAAGAUGUUGCAGCAGCAGCCUCUGACGGGCAACGGGCCCUCCAACGGCCGGGGACUCGGCAUGAGUGGCCACCCCGGGUUGCAUGCGCUCAACUCGGCUCACCAACCCUCCCAGCACCGGUCCGACGGAGGAGACUCGGGCCCAGAAAACGGACACGAAACCCGCAGAGAUAUUGGUGACAUACUGCAGCAAAUAAUGACCAUCACCGACCAAAGUUUGGACGAGGCACAAGCAAAGAAACAUGCACUCAACUGUCACCGGAUGAAACCUGCUUUGUUCAGCGUUUUGUGCGAGAUCAAGGAAAAGACUGGCCUGUCGAUGAGGAACGCCCAGGAGGAGGAGCCUCAGGAUCCUCAGCUGGUGCGACUGGACAACAUGCUGCUGGCAGAGGGUGUGGCGGGGCCAGAGAAGGGCGGCGGGGCUGCUGCUGCUGUUUCUGCAGCCACCAGCUCGGGAGGGAUGUCACCUGACAGCUCGCUUGAGCACUCCGACUACAAAAGCAAGUUGAGCCAGAUUCGCAGUAUCUACCACACUGAGCUGGAGAAGUAUGAGCAGGCGUGCACUGAGUUCACCACCCAUGUGAUGAACCUGUUGAGGGAGCAGUCGCGCACACGGCCCGUGACUCCGCGGGAGAUCGAGCGCAUGGUGGCCAUCAUCCACCGCAAGUUCAGCUCGAUCCAGACUCAGCUGAAGCAGAGCACUUGUGAAGCGGUUAUGAUCCUGAGGUCCCGCUUCCUUGACGCCAGGCGCAAGAGGCGUAACUUCAGCAAACAGGCCACAGAGGUCCUGAAUGAGUAUUUCUAUUCCCACCUGUCCAACCCUUACCCCAGUGAAGAAGCCAAAGAGGAACUCGCCAAAUCUUGCGGAAUCACCGUCUCACAGGUUUCCAACUGGUUUGGCAACAAGAGAAUCCGCUACAAGAAAAACAUUGGCAAGUUCCAGGAGGAGGCCAACCUCUACGCCAUGAAGACAGCCUUGGGGGGCAGACAGGGCAACGAUUCCCCGCACACUCCCAACUCCACAGGGUCUGGGUCCUUCUCUCUGUCUGGGUCAGCUGACCUGUUCCUUGGGGUUCCACCGGUGAACGGCGAGCAGUCCACCUACCAAAUGGGAGUGCAGGCUAACGGGAACUGGCAGGGUCGAAACUCGCCCCCGUCUGGCAACUCGCCCCACAGCGACCACUCGGAAAACUCUGACUGAUUAUCCAGCCCGUUGGCACAGAACGACAGCGACGGAAAGUUUGAUGCCCGAUAAGACAGAAAGAAUGAUAUCACACUUCCCACUUGGCUGCAGUUGUUUUUGUAUGUUGUUUGUUUGGUUUGAUCAUUUUAAAUGUACAUUGGGGUUUUUUUUUUGUUUUUGUUUUUUUUUCUUUUCUUACCACUCAGCGUUGGUCAUUAUUAUGUUUGUAUGAUUAGCUGAGUGCACGGAUGGUAGAGUGAAAAUGUGUGUGUGUGCGUGUGUGUGUGUGUGUGUAUUGUGUGCAUGCAGGUGUGGUUUAAUUAUCGGGGUCGUAGGGUUUGUUUUCCACUACUUUUGACAUGUUACUGAGGUGUUUGUGUUUGGGAAGAGGGUGGGGAGGGGGGGGCUGACUGCAUUAUCAUUGUUUUUAGCACACUAUAUCAUUAUUAUUAUUAUUAUUAAUAUUAAUAUUAUUGCUGUUUUAUUAUUAGUACUACAACUAUUUUCAUUUUAACAGCUCAGAAAGAGAGAAUUCUUUUAGUGAAUGAGAGGGCAAUAGAGAAAAAUCCAAAGAUUUUGUGUGUUUGUUUCUCUGUUUUUUGUUUUUUUUUGUUUUUUUUUUCUAACGGGCUUAUGUGUCUGUAAAAUGAAUGAAGAGUGCCUGAGUCCAUAUUAAUGGUUUGAAUGAGUAUAUCAACAGUGCUGUCUUUUUUCUGUACAGUGAAACACCUGUAUUCUCUCUACCUCUUUUACAAUAAAGACUCUCUGUAUUCACAA